AUGGACCAUCUCCCAUCCCCUCAGAACCCGUAUAAUCCGCUUGGGCCCAUCCCAUGUCUGGUACCCGUCCGAGGAGGUCACCCUCUCCGUCCGAGUUUCGAUCCUUUUGCCGUAUUCUAUCAACAUUUCAGCGACCACCUCGCCCUGAGCCUCCUGGUGGCCAGGAACAAGGACGUGUUUGAGAUGGUACUUUCUUCAUGGCAGCAUCACUUGUUCUUCGAGACUUACUCAACGUUUUUCAACGGUCUCGGAGUCGCCGUGUCCAAGGAGGAGCUCGUCCGUCAAGAGGAGAUCAACGGCUUGACACAAUCAUUCAUCACAACAAGGAUGCUUCAAUUUCGCAUUGCGCAGCUACGGGGAAAAUAUUACAAAGCAGAGGGUGGAAUUACGAGCGAAGCAGCCGCUCUCGUUUCCAGCGCCUCAAGCCAAAUGUCGCGGCUCCAGACAUCGUUGGCUCGUCUGGGUCAGAAAGUAAAACGAGUUCGACAGCAUGAGAGAUCUUUAUUUGUCGGCCCACCCCCACCCCAAUCCCUGUUCGAGCAAAUCUACGUUUCCAUCACAUUCCUUUCAACUGAGCUCUCCAGAACUCUUGCACUGGUAACAUAUUCUGCGUCCUCCGAACUAAGGGAACAUCACAUUGUGGGGGGAGACACUCAAUGGGUAAUAGGGCGACUCUUGAAAGCGGGAUGGUGUCCUAGCGAGGUCUGCGCUCUCAUUUCAAAUUCGAGCAUAACGGAAGAAGAACUCUACUACUGGAGUUUGAGGGAUCGUCGGGCCUCCAAAUAUGGACUAGAACAUCGCCAAUGCAAGUACGGUGAGCGUUGCCGGAAGGAGACUAUCGACGAGGCGAACUAUACUACAAGGCACUGCGGUGACUGCAAUGGUCAAAACUGUGACAUGGCAUUCAGCGAGUCGACGAUGGAUUCAACGGUGUCAGAUAUCGUGGAUCAGGGACGAAUACCCCUCAUCAUUUCAGACAGGUCGGGCAUCAAGGUUGUAGGCACCAAAAAAGCGUCCAGCAUUAAGAGGGGAGAGAAAAAUGCGGAUCUGGACUAUGUUGCGAUCUCUCAUGUGUGGUCCGACGGUUUAGGCAAUCCGAAUCAAAACGCGAUCCCCCAAUGCCAGCUUCAGCGCUUGCAAGGACUGGUCAAUGGCCUCUUCCCAGACAGCACCGGUCCCGUGCCCUUUUGGCUCGAUACGUUGUGCGUUCCUCUGGCAAGGGAGACUCGCGAGGCUGCAAUCAGAGCUAUGGGCAGUGUAUACUCGUGCGCUGUGACAGUCCUUGUCCUUGACGACACUCUUGCUGAAGUUACAUGCAGGGGAGCAGAUGCAGUCGAGCUCAUUAUGGCUAUCAGGGCAUCCACUUGGGCUAAACGCUUGUGGACCUUUUCCGAGUCGCGUCUUGCUCAGGAGCUAACCUUUCAGUUUGGAGAUAUGGUGGCCAACCUCACCACCAUCGCGAAGUUGGUAGUGUUGGAAGAUGGUUUGCGGAAGUCCGAAUAUUUGAUGCGCCACAACGACUUGCCGCGGGCUCACUACGUAGAGAACAGCAUGGCAGGCUGGCUCACAACAAGGGCUCUGGGCGCGAUCUACGCCCUGGUACCUCGGGAUCUUGCCGAGGAAGACAAGACUCCACUCCAUUUUCUGAUGUUACUUGAUGAACUUGGUUACAGGUGGACAAGCAAACUCAAGGACGAAACCAUUUGUCUAGCUGGGGUCCUGGGGAUAGACCCAGGCCCCAUUCUGGAGCAUGACAGCGCAGAGGAAAGAAUGCAUGCAUUCCUCAAGAUGCUCCCCUCAGUCCCGGCGGCCAUAGCAUUUACUUCGAGGAAAAAGAGCCAACAGCCAGGCCGCCGAUGGAUGCCGUUGACAUUCCUUGGAGGCAGCCAAGAAGAUUGGUUGCUCACAUUGGUGCGUUCGCCUGCCACCGUCAGCGACGACGGCCUCAUUGUUACCUCGGAGGGCAUGGUACUUCAAGGGAAGCCAGGGAAGGACUUUGAUCUCCAGCCACGGUCCAGAACGCGCAUCGAAUGCCACGGAAACACUUACGUCUUACGUACAUCCCGUGGCCUCGUACACAAUUUUUCUGGCCUCCUGUGCAAAUCUCUCGCGAUCAUACUUCAGACAUCUCUAGGAAACGAGGGGGCUCUCUAUAGUGGGUUGCUAGUGACCAUAUUGGAGAGCGCAGAUGCCCGACUCAUUGUCAAGUUGGAGAUGAAGGUUCAACUUCUUGAAGACGAGAUGGUGCGUGAACGGGUUGGGCGCGAUGUUUUCCGCGAAGUUGAGGAUGUACCGCCUGCAAUCAAGACAACACCCUUGCCACCAGGACAAGAAUGGUUGGUACAAUAG